GAAUUAAGCAAACUAGAAAAAAUUGCGGUUGGUGGCUGGGUAAAAACUUUUCGACAAAACAAGUUUGUUGAACUUAAUGAUGGCUCCUGCUUACAGAAUUUACAAGUUAUUUGUACUCCAAAUUUACUCAAAGAACCAGAGGAAAUUAAUCGUGGUAGCAGUUUAAUAGUCAGCGGCAACGGUGUUCUUACUAAUCUCUAUUUCCUAACUGAACACACUUCACCUAGCAAAUUAAUUAGUGACAAAGCCAAAAUUGAAUGUCAAUUACCUUCUGCCCAACCCCAAACUGUCCUCAUUUCAGACAUUGACCUUAAUCCUACCAAAAUAGUAUGGAUCAGUCCGCGAACCGUUGGAGGAAAACAUGUUAAAAAGUUAAUAUAUGACUGUUCCCAAAGAAAAAGAAACCAUAAUCACCAAGAAGUUCUUGAUCGAGGAAAAUUGUUUAAACAACUCCAGGAAAUUAAUCCCUAUCAGGCUAACAAUGUAAUCGACCAAGUUAUUGAAAAAUUACUUGACCCUCAACUUGAUAACCAACAGUUUUUGAAUUAUCUUCAUAGCGGUGUCACUAUUCACAUUAAUGGAGAAAGCCAUUGA